AUGACGGGAUUCAGCAGAGCGAAGGAGGACCGGCCGACGCCGCCGGAGGUCUACAAUUGGAGAGUGUACGCCACGGCUGUCAUCAUCGCGCUCGGCGUCCUCGCAUAUGGCUAUGACAGUGCAUUCAUCGGCACCACAAUUACUCUGCCCAGCUUUAAACGAGACUUCGGCCUGAGCACCAUGAGCAAGCGCGAGAAGAAUGCCGUGUCGAGCAAUCUCACCAGCAUCUACAGCGCCGGCGGCUUCUUCGGAGCGCUCUUCAUGUAUCCUGCGCUGGAACUGCUCGGCAGAAAGAAGACCUUGAUCAUCGCAGAUGUCAUCUUCAUCGUGGGAGCGGUGCUGACAGUCGGACCAGUGCAUCUGGGGUCAAUGUAUGCUGGCAGACUUCUGACCGGACUUGGCGUCGGUGCGAUCGCGGCAGUAUGUCCAAUCUACGUCUCCGAAAUUUCUCCUCCAGCCAUUCGUGGCAGGUUGACUGGCUUCUUCGAAUCUUUCUAUCAAGUCGGAGCCGUGGUCGGCUUUUGGAUUAAUUAUGGCCUCGUGCAUUCCUACGACACGCAGAGCACGUCUGCUUGGAGGAUACCGAUGGGCGUGCAGCUGAUUCCAGCGGGACUUCUUGCGAUCUGUAUACCAUUCCUGAAGGAGAGUCCCGUAUGGCUUAUCAAGCGUGGCCGGACAGCUGAGGCCAUCAAAAGCUACAGCUUCCUUCGAAUGCUCCCAGAGGAUCACCCUUAUAUUGCGGAAGAUGUGAUGUUCGUGCGGAGCCAGAUAUCCGAAGAGAGAACAGCUUCACAUGCAGAGAAUUCCAGCUUCCUCGCCGUCACGAAAGCCGCACUCCGAGAGGGGUGCUUGCCAGGAAUGAGGAACCGCUUCCUGCUUGUAUUCCUAAUGUUCAUGUGGCAAGCUUGGUCUGGAGCAGCUGCAAUCAACUACUAUUCUCCGACAAUCUUCACCUCAGUCGGGUUAUCGGACUACACUCUUUGGACCGGUGUAUAUGGCAUCAUCAAGGCGACAGGAAGCGUGAUCUUCUUCACCUUCUUCAUCGACAAAUUCGGCAGGAAAUGGCCAUGGAUCGUAUCCAGCAUCUGCUGCGCCUUGUGCCAGUACUACCUCGCCGGAUACAUCGCCCUCGCAGAUCCCAGCUCUGACAGCCCACACUCUGCCUCGACUGUUGCGGGCGGCAAGGCUGCGAUCGCCGCUAUCAUGAUCUUCGGUGCGACCUGGUCUUUUGGAGCAAAUGGGCUGCCGUGGAUUAUAUCUUCCGAGAUCUUCCCAUCAAGUAUUCGCUCUAUUAGCGGCCCCUUCGCCGGAAUGUCCGUCUGGCUGUGGACGUAUGUCGUGACGAAAGCUUUGCCAAGCAUGUAUACCAGCAUGGAUUACGGCGUGUACAUCUUCUUCGCAAGUUGUCUCAUCUUGGCUGCGAUAUACGCUUUCUUUUUCAUCCACGAAACCAAAGGGCUCCGGCUUGACGAGAUGGACAGGAUUUUUGGAUUUGCGCGGAGUGCUGCGAGCUCUGCUGUGGAGGACAAGCUUGGGAGAGAGAGUGUUGAGGCCGGCAAGGGCGACGUUGCGACUACGGUUGAGAGAGUGUGAAGCAUGUCGGCCGGAGACUUCGAUGGACUAUGCAGACCUCGCAGGUAUCCCCUGAAGCUUCUCGUUCGCAAAUGCUUCACAAUAGAGCACUUCACAAU